AUGGCCUCGUCGUCCUCGUCGUGGGUCGUGCUCAAGUUCGGCGGCACGAGCGUCUCCACUGCCGCUCGCUGGCGGUCCAUCUGCGGUCAGAUCCGCGCGCACUCGUCGUCGCCGUCGUCGCCCCGUGUGUGGGUCACGAUCUCAGCGCUGUCACAGGUGACGAAUCAGCUCACGCGCGCGCUCGCGCUCGCCAGCGCACGCGGCGGCGAGAGCCACUGCAGCGUCGCGGCGGCCAUUGCGCUGCAGCACUUCUCGUUGGCCUUCGACGUGGGCCUUUUGCCGCCGGCGCUCGGGGGCGACGCGCGCGCAGCUGACGAGCGCGCGCACUGGCAGAAGCUGUGGCUCAAGAGCGUCUUCGGACACGACAACGGACACGACAGCAACGCCACUGAAAGUGAAGAGACGUCGCUGCUGUUUGCCGCGUGUCCAGUGGAUCCGCUGGUGCCGGUGACGCUGCACCCGCUGCUGCGGGAGCUCCAGGACCUCGUGCGGGUGCUGCAAGGCAUUAAGCUCACGGAGGAGGCGUCGCCGCGGACCCAGGCGCGCGUGUUGGCCUUUGGAGAGCUCCUGUCGACGCACUUGGGGCGGUGUAUCAUGGUGCACAAUGGCCUCACGGACGUCGAGCGCGUGGACGCCCGCGCGCUGCUCGUGAGCGACUCGAGUCGGAGCAAGUCCGAGGACGACCGGUACCUGCAGGCCGAAGUGCUCCCCCGACGCGACGUGGAGCAGGCAGAGGCCGCCGCGCGGGGCAAGCGCGUGGUCCUCACGCAGGGGUUUAUUGCCAGCACGAGCACAGGCGCCACCUGUGUCCUCGGCCGGGGCGGCAGUGACACGUCCGGGUCGCUCUUUGCUGCGCUGCUGGGGGCCCAGAAGUACGAGAUCUGGACCGACGUGCACGGCAUGUUUACGACCGACCCGCGGUACGUGCCCGACGCGCGACUCAUCAAGAGUCUGGACUACCGCGAGGCCCAAGAGCUCGCUGCUAUGGGGGCCAAGGUCUUGCACCCGCGCUGCAUUGUGCCAGUGCAGUGGGGAAAGAUUCCGCUCGAGAUUCGCAACACGAACGACCCGACGGGCGCAAAGACCGUGAUCCAUCCGGCGUCGGACGCGGACAAGGACGGACAGAGCAGUCCCAAGAUCCUCGCGGUCGUCAAGCGCCAGAACAUGACGACGCUCAGCAUCACUGCGUUCGACAUGUGUGGCACGUCGGGUUUCUUGGCCAAGGUGUUUGCUCCGUUCGAGGCGUGCGGCAUCUCGGUGGAUCUGAUUGCGACGUCGCAGUUCUCCGUCACGGUGACGCUCGAUCAUAUCCCCGGCGGCAUCCAAGGCUCGCCGUUCCAGCAGUUGCUGGAAUUGCUGAACGUGCACUCCACCGUGCGUGUGUUUGAGGACUGCCUGGUGGUUUCGAUCGUCGGUCGUGGUUUGCGCAAGGCACUCGCAGAGCUCGGCUGCGUGUUUAACGUGCUCGAGAACUACGACGUGCUGCUGCUCAGCGAGUCUGCUGAAGAUUUGAACCUGUCGUUCGUGCUUCAGCAGAACAAGGCAGACGACGUCGUUGCCCGCAUGCACAGCUACUUCUUCCCUUGCGAAAAACAGGAUAUGCCGGCAGCAGCAGCAGCAGCAAAGACGGCGACGGCUUUGCCGCCUCUUUCUCCGCACUCGAAGACAGUGGUUUCCAGUGCAAAAGGCACGAUUCCAGCGCCGCUUUCCACGAUUCCUCAGCCGGCAACUAUUCGUCGCUCGCCUUCUCGUGACAUGCUCUUUGGUCCGACUUGGCAGUCGUUGCUGGAUGCGUCACUACCGGUCGACAAAACGGCGUGA